AUGGUCCGGUCCAAUCAUCCCAGCCAUGGAGCGUGUAAUGGGGGGAGUGUGCUGGUGGGCUGGGGCUGGUGCUGCUCUACCGGCUGCUCCAGAGGCUCCAACAGGGGGCUACCAUCCAGGAUGCUGUGGUGGUCAUCACUGGAGCCAGCUCUGGCCUGGGGAGAGGUGAGUGUUACUUUAGAUAUGAAAACAUAAAUGUCCUCGAGGCAAUUUCGCAGCAACACAAUGUAGGCUACAUAGAGACAGAAUCACAAUUUUUUAAAAUAAAAAACAUACUCAAAGGUUCUAGUUACCAACUUUAAAAUAGUGUGUGUUGUGUUGCAGAGUGUGCUCGGGUGUUCCAUGCUGCCAAAGCAAGGCUGGUUCUGUGUGGCUGGGAUGUAGCCAGGCUACAGGACAUAGUUCAGGAGCUCACAGCCACCGCAGCAGAAAGCCAGCAGCAGGUAUAGAGACACACACUCACUCACUUCUCAUCUCCUCUUCCUCCACUGGGCUGAUCUGAAAACAUACGAUAAGGGAGAGCGAUUAGUUGAAUACUAGAAUUUUGCCUUCACCAGUUCAGCUUUUUUACAUCAUGUCAGAUGAAGGAAAGGGGACGAGGGGAGACAGCAACAUUAGACUAUUGAGAUGCACCCCUUGAAUUCUUAUGACAUGUCUAUGACGUCAUCACCGGCAGACGUACACCCCCAUUAUGGUGAUCUUUGACCUGUCCGACACAGCGUAAAUGGUUGCCAUGGCCGUGAAGGAGAUCCUGAGGUGCUACGGCCACGUGGACGUCCUCAUCAACAACGCCGGCAUCAGUCACCGCAGCAACAUCCUGGAGACGCACAUCUCCGUACAGAGGGACGUCAUGGAUACCAACUACUACCAGCUCUAA